UCUACUUCUCAAGGGACGCCUACUGGGAGAAGCUGUACGUGGACCAGCCGGCCGGCACACCCCUGCUCUAUGUCCACACACUUCAAGACUUCCCCGGCGAGGUGCCCAGCUUCCGCCUGGGCCAGCACCUCUACGGCGCCUACCGCUCGAGGCUCCAUGAGAACGACUGGAUCCGCAUCCAGGAGGACAUGGGCCUCCUCUACCUGAACCAGAGCCUGGACCAGAGCACCUGGGAGGAGCUCAGCUCCCGCAAUGGCGGGUUCCCCCUGCUCACCGUCCACCUCCAGGUCUUCCUCUCGCCGGCAUCCCUGCGCGAGAGUGAGUGCCAGUGGCCAGGCUGUGCCCGCGUCUACUUCUCCUUCAUCAACGCCUCCUUCCCCGCCUGUAGGUCCCUCAAACCCAGGGACCUCUGCUUCCCAGAGACAGGCCUGUCCUUCCGCAUCCGAGAAAACAGGCCCCCCGGCACCUUCCACCAGUUCCGUCUGCUGCCUGUGCAAUUCCUCUGCCCCAACAUUAGCGUGGCCUACCGGCUCCUGGGAGGUGAGCACCUGCCCUUCCGCUGCGCCCCAGACAGCAUGGAGGUAAGCACCCUUCGGGCCCUGGACCGAGAGCAGCGGGAGAAGUACGAGCUGGUGGCCGCGUGCACAGUGCAGGCUGGAGCCCGUGAGGAGGAGGUGAUGGUGCCCUUUCCCGUGACCGUGUAUGAUGAGGACGACUCGCCACCCACGUUCCCUGGGGGCCUCGACACCGCCAGCAGCGUGGUGGAGUUCAAGCGGAAGGAGGGAACUGUUGUGGCCACGCUGCGGGUCUUCGAUGCAGACGUGGUGCCAGCGUCUGGGGACCUCUCCAGGCGGUACACGAGCACGCUGCUCCCAGGGGACACCUGGGCACGCCAGACCUUCCGCGUGGAGCACACGCCCAACGAGACGUUGGCCCCAGGCAACGGCAGCUUCGUGCGGGCCACAGUGCAUGAAUACAGGCUUGUGCUGAACCGGAGCCUCCCCAUCUCAGAGAGCCGCGCCCUGCAGCUGGCUGUACUGGUCAACGACUCCGACUUCCAGGGCCCAGGGGACAGUGCCCUGCUCCUACACUUCAAUGUCUCUGUGCUGCCUGUCAGCCUGUGCUUCCCCAGCACCUAUUCUUACGUGGUGAGCAGGAGGGCCCGCCGCUUUGCCCAGGUCGGGAAGGUCUGUGUGGAACACUGCCUGGAGUUCAGCGGCAUCCUCGUCCAGUAUAAACUACAGCCCUCUGGGGCCAACUGCAGUGCCCUGGGGGUGGUCACCUCAGCAGAGGACACCACCGGGACCCUGUUUGUGAAUGACCCGGAGGUCCUGCGGCAGUCCGAAUGUGCUGAGCUCCGGUACAUGGUGGUGGCCACUGAACGGCAGACGCGCAGGCAGGCCCAGGUCCAGCUGCUCGUCAUAGUGGAGGGGACGUAUGUGGCCGAGGCGGCCGGCUGCCCCCUGUCCUGCUCGGUCAGCAAGCGGCGCCCUGAGUGCGAGGAGUGUGGUGGCCUGGGCUCCUUGACCGGCAGGUGUGAGUGGAGACAGGGCGACAGCAAAGGGAUCACCAGGAACUUCUCAACCUGCACCCCCAGCACCAGGACCUGCCCCGAUGGCCACUGUGACGCUGUGGAGAGCAAGGACUUACAUAUUUGUCCCCAGGACUGCCUUCGGGGCGGCAGCAUCGUAGGCGGCCAUGAGCCGGGGGAGCGACAAGGAAUUAAAGCCGGCUAUGGCAUCUGCAGCUGCUUCCCUGAGGACAAGAAGUGCUUCUGUGAGCCGGAAGACAGCCAGGAGGCGCUGUGUGACGAGCUUUGCCGUACGGUCAUCGCGGCGGCCGUCCUCCUCUCCUUUAUCGUCUCUGUGCUGCUCUCCUCCUUCUGCAUCCACCGCUACCACAAGAACGCCCACAAGCCACCCAUCGCCUCGGCCGAGAUGACUUUCCGCCGGCCUGCCCAGGCCUUCCCAGUCAGCUACUCCUCGUCGGGCACCCGCCGACCCUCCGUAGACUCCAUGGAGAACCAGGUCUCGGUGGAUGCCUUCAAGAUCCCGGAGGACCCAAAGUGGGAGUUUCCACGGAAGAACUUGGUUCUUGGAAAAACUCUGGGAGAAGGUGAAUUUGGAAAAGUGGUCAAGGCAACAGCCUUCCGACUCAAAGGCAAAGCGGGCUACACAACCGUGGCUGUGAAGAUGCUGAAAGAGAAUGCCUCCCCAAGCGAGCUGCGGGACCUACUGUCAGAGUUCAACCUCCUGAAGCAGGUCAACCACCCCCACGUCAUCAAGCUGCAUGGGGCCUGCAGCCAGGACGGACCGCUCUUCCUCAUUGUGGAGUACGCCAAGUACGGCUCCUUGCGGGGCUUCCUCCGGGAGAGUCGCAAGGUGGGGCCCAGUUACGUGGGCAGCGGUGGCAGCCGCAGCUCCAGCUACCUGGACAACCCAGACGAGAGGGCCCUCACCAUGGGCGACCUCAUCUCCUUUGCCUGGCAGAUCUCCCGGGGGAUGCAGUACCUGGCUGAGAUGAAGCUCGUCCAUCGUGACCUGGCAGCCAGGAAUGUUCUGGUAGCCGAGGGGAGGAAGAUGAAGAUUUCUGAUUUUGGCCUGUCCCGAGAUGUUUAUGAAGAGGAUUCCUAUGUCAAGAGGAGCAAGGGUCGGAUCCCGGUCAAAUGGAUGGCAAUUGAGUCACUUUUUGAUCAUAUCUACACCACCCAAAGUGACGUGUGGUCCUUUGGUGUCCUGCUGUGGGAAAUUGUGACCCUGGGGGGGAACCCCUACCCAGGGAUCCCCCCAGAGCGGCUCUUUAACCUUCUGAAGACAGGCUACCGGAUGGAGAGGCCGGACAACUGCAGCGAGGAGAUGUACAGUCUGAUGCUGCAGUGCUGGAAGCAGGAACCAGACAAGAGGCCGGUGUUUGCCGACAUAAGCAAAGAUCUGGAGAAGAUGAUGGUUAAGAGCAGAGACUACUUGGAUCUUGCUGCAUCCACCCCGUCUGACGCCCUACUCUAUGAUGACGGCCUGUCGGAAGAGGAGACGCCCCUCGUGGACUGCAUGUCAGCCCCGAACUGGCCUGAAGAGAGUCCUGUACCACUCACAAGAUUCGAUGGCAGUAACACUGUGUUCCCAAGAUAUGCAAACGAUAGUGUAUAUGCUAACUGGAUGGGUUCACCCUCAGCGGCAAAAUUAAUGGACAAGCUUGAUAGCUGACGUUCCCUUGUGAAAGGGGAUGGACUCAUAAGGGGAAGCGACAUGCCAGGAACGCAGAGGCCACUGGCUCCUUCUUUGUGCGGUUCACGCUGGUUAAGCCAACGUUCAUUUCCCAGGUGGCAAACUCGUUUUUAGUAGUUUGUUUUAACUGCUUUCCAAAGUGGCUUUACUUAUGAGAGCUGGUGGUUUUCCCUCCUGGGAAACAUAUCCAACUGGAUAAGAGUUCCAAGUCAAGUGUUUAUUUAUUCUUUCUUAUUCAGUACCCCGCAGAGUCCAGGGUUGGUAUGUGUUUAUCAGUAGAGACCACACACUUCACGCUUACAACUGUUUGGGUUUGUCCCUUGUCUAAAAAUAUGUACCUGAACUGUUUGAUUUUUCUGGUUGCCACCAAACCAGGAAACAAGAUUUAACCAUGAAGCACACUCACAAAAAGACAGCAGGAAAAAACGGGCCCAAAUGACCUGCACUCGUUUCAGACUCAGAACCAGCGAGGUCUUAAUGGUGAUGUAACAGCCGUGCCAGGACUGAGAGAGUGAGGGGAACCUCGGGGCAGGCCUCGGCCCAGCGUUUGAUCUCCUGAAGGUGAUCUUUUAAAAUCAUGUCACCUUUUCUUAGGAAGACGUUUGAUUUUGAUCAUGUUUAAAAUGAUUCAUAGAUUUAGCACAAUGGAGAGAUGUGAUACCGUAUUUGCUAUUUAGACAGGCCGAUGUGAGGAGGGAGGGCUCACAAGAUACCGUUGUCCCCAUUACACCUCUGCAGCACCCUUCCAUAUUCAGCACAGGACGGCAUGGAGGAAGUGGGCGUGUGAGUAGAGUGGCCUCCGGUCUGAGAGCCGCUGACGGCAGAGAUCUCGCCACCGUCGGCCCCAUCCUCAUCAGGGUUCCGCUCACUGUCCGCCAGCCUCCAAAAGCAGUGGCACAUCCUGUACCUUAGGAUGUAAGGUGGGGCCUGUGCUCAGUUUAAUUUGUAUCUCUUCAGCUUCCUUUUAAAAGGGACGGUUCAGCUAGUUAUGUUAGAAGUAGCAUUAACAGUGACCAAGGAUUGCUACACCUGUGAUCACAAUUCUGAUGUGGAAAAGACAAUGUUUUGGCUCUUACAGAGCUUAUAUGGAAAGGCAUACGUAUUAGCUCUUCCUGUGUUUGUAAUUCACUGCUGCUAUAGCCAGAGGUUUUUGUUUCUUAGAUUCUGACCAUGACCUUAUGCUUCUUGUUACUCUUCAGGGUUUGCUAGUGGUCACACACACUCCAAACGCUCCUUCAGUCUUGUGGGGUGGCUUUCAGGAAGUCCCAGGAGCCCUGCAUUUGUCACCACACAGCCUGCUCCUCUCUGUCACUUUGCAGGAAGGAUUAAGAUACCAAAACACUGCCUGGUCCUACAUUUAAAGCACUGUGAUAGGACUUAAAAUACUUUUAUUGAAAUACUGUAUUUUAUAGACAUUUCACAAAAGCAGGAAGGCUUGGAUGACUGUGAUGGAGACUCGUGUGUGUGUGUGCAUGCACACAUGGCCAGAGAGGUGGAAAAUACUUACUGGGGAUGUGACGUGGCUUUAGUUUCGGCCACUUUUCAAAUACACUGUGAUAGUUCUUUUACAAAUAUCUACAAUUAUAGUAAACUUUUGGUUUUCAGAUGCAUUUAAUGAUAGUCUCGUUAAAUGCAGAAAUAACGAUAAGCUCUCUGAAAUUAUUUGAAAUGCCUACUAAGUGAGUGUGAACUGCUGCAGCAGGUUUGCUGGUGAUGUGGGGACCCCAUGUCCACGUGGCUGACCCAGUGAUGGGGAGUUAGCCCUCGACUAAUAAUCUAGUUGUCUAUUUCUGAGUUGUAAACAUAUUUAUUAGUCCUAUCAGGCAGACUUUUCAUAGACAUAUAUGCAGAAGUUAUAUAAGUAUUACUGAGUAUUAAGUAGCAAUCUGUCAGUUAUCAAAAUUUGUAAAACCUAUCUGUGGAAGGUAAUUUGUUUUUGUAAUCAAGGUGACUAAGAAAAAAAUUUCAAAUAUGUAAAUAAAAUCAUGUAUCAUGAAA